UUCUCUUCAUAGUACAGAAAAUUUGUUUUUUCCAUUUCCCAUCUGGGUAUUCUCUUCUGCCCUGUUUGGCUUUUUGUAUCCAUUUCUCUCUUAUUUUCAUUUGGGUUUUCUCUUUCCUCUCUGUUCCAACCCAAAUUUGCUCCUCUUUCUCUCUCUGCUCACCUUUGAUUUGGUGGAGCCUUUUGAAAUUGUGUUGAUUGAGCACCAAUACCAUUUAGUUCAUAAUUUUUUGCUUCAAUUCCACAAAAUCAGCACUCCCAUAGGGUUCAACAAUGAAGUGUUUUUUCCCUUUCAAGGACAAAUCCAAGUCCCGGCAAGGGAGAUCGGCGCCGGAGUUGAAAAACGAAACUAGCACAUCGGGUAAUACGGCGGCGGCGAAUCGAGGGACGAAGUCGGCCGGUUCGGUAUCGUCGCCGCGGAGCAUACCGGAAAUGUACAGAGAGAAGCAGCACAAUUUGAGAGUGUUUUCAUUAUCAGAGCUCAGAACUGCAACCAAUGAUUUCAACAGGUUGCUGAAGAUUGGGGAAGGUGGGUUUGGGAGUGUAUAUAAGGGCACAAUUAGGCCUCCAGAUGGGAAUGGUGAUCCUAUUGUUGUUGCCAUUAAAAAGCUAAACCAACAUGGCUUGCAGGGUCAUAAACAAUGGCUUGCUGAAGUUCAAUUUCUCGGUGUUGUCGAUCACCCUAACCUUGUAAAACUUCUGGGAUACUGUUCUGUGGAUGGGGAAAGAGGGAUACAACGUCUAUUGGUGUAUGAAUACAUGCCCAAUAAGAGCCUAGAAGAUCAUCUUUUUGCCAGAGCUCCGACACCUAUGCCUUUUAAAACAAGAUUAGAAAUUAUGCUCGGUGCAGCUCAAGGAUUGACUUAUCUGCAUGAGGGAUUGGAAAUCCAGGUGAUCUAUCGGGAUUUCAAAUCUUCAAAUGUGCUCUUGGAUGAAGACUUCAAGCCAAAGCUUUCAGAUUUUGGGCUCGCUAGGGAAGGUCCAGUUGGUGAUCGUACUCAUGUAUCCACGGCAGUUGUUGGGACGUACGGAUACGCUGCCCCGGAAUAUGUUGACACUGGCCAUCUCACAAUCAAGAGUGAUAUAUAUAGUUUUGGUGUCGUGCUUUAUGAGAUUCUAACAGGCAGGCGGACCUUGGAAAGAAACCGCCCAACAGUGGAGCAGAAGCUUCUAGAAUGGGUGAAACAGUACCCGGUGGAUGGUAAGAGGUUUAGCAUGAUCAUGGACCCCCGACUCAGAAACCAAUAUUCUCUUCCUGCGGCUCGCAAGAUCGCCAAGUUGGCUGAUUCUUGCUUGAUCAAGAAUGCAAAAGAUCGGCCUACAAUGAGUCAGGUGGUGGAGUGCUUGAGACAAGCAAUACAAGAUUCAGAAGAAGCAAGUUCUUCUCAAAGUCGGAGUUUUGAGUCAUCUACGUCUAAGCCGGUUGCCUCAAAUAAGCGCUCAUCACAACCUGUGGGAGUUACAGAUACUUCAGAAGAGCGUCUGCCAACCUACCGUUGCCCUUACCUCGGCCAAAAGAUACUUCAAUUAGGGUAUAAAUGCUAGCUUGAGGAUGGAAUACUUGUGUUGCGGGCGGUCUUCUGUUUCUCUGGACUAAUGAGGUUUGAGUAUCCAAUUCGUGCAUUUCAAAGAACUACCCUUGUUUUGGGCUCAAAUAUAUUGUUCAUGCAAUACUGGUAUCUUUUUUGUUUUUAUAUUUAUUAAGAGGUUUUAUAUUUGUAUAUGGAAGAGGGCGGUGUGAAAGGCACACCAGACAUGAUCUCUGCGUCGUAGAACAGUUGAAAUUUUAUAUUUCCACGUGAUUGUAAAUCGUAGAAUUGGAGCUUUGAUCUUGUAAAGUGAUUUUUUCUUCUCAUUUAGUUGAAACAGCUUCGAUUGCUCAUUUAUGCAUAAAAUUUUCACA